AUGAGCACCGAUUCCGAAGCUGUUAAGGGCACAGGUUUCCCUCUUCCUCGCUGCCCCUCUUCAAAUUCAAAUCCACUUCCCUCUUCACUCGAUCUCUGGUCACAAAUCGUCGCCGCUGAAUCCCCCCACCCCCAGCGAAUCGACGUCGUUUACCGGAGAAGACAACCUCGCAACCCCCACAAUCAUCCCAACUCAAAUCCUCCCGAUGCUGCCCUACCGCGUCCGACUCGCCCGAGUUUGGAUCCCAACAAGCGAGUCAGUUGGAAUCGUUCGCUUUCCAUCAGAGGGAGGACUAGUAUUGCCGUUGGUGCUUGUAUGGUUUACCAGCCUCAGUUAAAGAAGGACAAAAGGAAAGGAAAACCCGCACUUCCCAAAGGGAAGCUUGUGCAACCUCCAAACGUUGAGAAGGAGAAGUUAUACUUCGAAGAGGUUGAUGCUUUUGAGUUGUUGGAGGAAAGCCCCUCACCCAAGAAAAACACAUGGAUCAUAGGUGAUAUGGUACAAGAGGGACCGAUGCCAACUAUAUGCUCCAGAUUAGAAAAGUGGUUACACUCUAGAAGGUUAAACCACACCUACGGUCCCUCUAGCACACUGUCCAAGAUACUAGAUACUUCAUCCACUCGUUUAGAAGCUAUUCAAGAUAUUGAUUUCAGUACUCCUGAAAUGAGAACAUUGGAACGAACUGAGAAAAGCAAUUCACUACUGCAAGCCAUUAAAACUGGAGAUAGGAAACCAUCUAUUGAAAAUGAUAUUCAUCUGCAAACAAAUGAAGAGAUGCUGUUGGCUCAAUGUAGUGAAGGACGUGAAGAUAUUAAUGCAGCUGUUAAGAAACUUUCUCUGGCAUCAACGUCUUCGAUUGACGAUGAUCACAUUAGUCCAUUUUCCGCUUUAUUAUCAAUCUGUGGACAGUCCGCGCCUUCACUGUUACAAAAUAUCUUCUCUAGUAACUUGUUUUUGCUUGCCAUGGGUGAUCUAAGUGGCUCAAAAACUAUUGUGAAAGUUGGUGAAGGAACAUUUGGAGAAGCCUUCAAGGUUAAUAAUUAUGUCUGCAAAAUAGUUCCGUUUGACGGGGACUUCAGAGUGAAUGGGGAAAUACAGAAGAGAUCUGAAGAAUUGCUGGAGGAGGUACUUCUUUGCAAAACUCUCAAUUUAUUGAGAGGAAAAGAAGGAGCUUCUGAUAAUUUAUGCCGCGCAUUUAUAGAUUGCAUAGAUGUCUCAUCUAGUUAUGGUCCUGUCGUCUGUGAUAGAUUUAGAGUAUGUCAGGGCCCUUAUGAUGCGGCACUAAUUCGAGCAUGGGAAGAUUGGGAUCUUAAGCAUGGUUCAGAGAAUGAUCAUCCAAAAGAGUUCCCAGAUAAACAGUGUUACGUGGUGUUCGUACAAGAACAUGGUGGCAAGGAUCUCGAAGGAUUUGCACUCCUGAAUUUUGACGAGGCAAGGGCGUUACUGGCUCAGGUUACGGCUGGGCUUGCUGUGGCUGAGUCUGCGUUUGAAUUUGAACACCGAGAUCUUCACUGGGGAAAUAUACUUGUGGGCCGAAGUGAUUCUGAAACGUUGCAGUUCACUCUCGAUGGCAGGAAGAUGUUAGUCAAAACGUAUGGUUUAAUAAUAUCUAUUAUUGACUUCACUUUAUCAAGAAUAAACACAGGUGAUAGAAUACUGUAUUUAGAUCUUUCAUCUGAUCCUGACCUAUUUAAAGGACCGAAAGGAGACAAACAGUCAGAAACAUAUCGGAGGAUGAAGGAGGUGACUGAAGAUUGGUGGGAAGGAAGUUGUCCAAAAACAAACGUUUUAUGGUUGAUCUAUUUGGUAGACAUACUCCUCACGAAGAAAUCAUUUGAACGCACCUCGAAGCACGAGAGAGAUCUACGCUCCUUCAAGAAACGUCUUGAUCAGUAUGAUUCGUCAAAGGAAGCAAUUCUUGAUCCCUUCUUCACCGAUUUGUUCAUUGAGUCUGACGCAAAGAUACUCCAAACCAACGUCCAUGCACAUGCUCUGAUCUCAAAUCCCGGAAAGGUGGACAAGUGGAAGCUGGUGAUAUUGCGAAAGAUAAAGAAGCAGGAACUUACUGAAAAAGCAUGUUUCUGGUCACAGCCAAACACUUCCCAACUCAUCAUCCUUCGUACUGCAUCUACACCCUCUGUUGCUCCCGCAUUCCUCCACAAAACCAAGAUCUCCAAAUCUGAGAUUCGGCUUUCUGUUACUGAUUACAUGCUUUUGAAGACACUCAUCGACACCAACCUGUCAGUUGAUUUCUUCUUAAACGAAAGCCUGGUUGAAAAUUUUGUUUCUUCAAAAUCGUCUCCAGUGUCUUCGCUGAAAGUUCAUCUUUUGGACAUUCUUCCACAAGUGGACAUCAGAAGCAUCAUUGUUAGAUGUGGCAGUCAGUGUUUAGGCCGAGAUGAGACGCCUUCACUCAUUCGUGUUUUGAAAUCAAUUCAUUCGUUUAUCAGCAAUCUUCAACUAGGGAGGGAAGUAAAAGUCUCAGUGGCAUUUCCACUUUCAUUCUUAGAGUAUUUGAAUGCUUCAUAUGAAAACGAUCUUCUUAGGAUUGUUGUGUUUCUAAAGAAAAUAGAUUCCUUUAUCAUGAUAGAAGACACCAUUGAUGGGGAAUCAGGCAUUGUUCAGUCUGUUAUUGAAAGAGCCACAUUUGCUGCUUCUAUUCUUCCUUGCAAAGAUGUUCCUGUGGUUCUCACAAUCAAGAGCCGUGAUAUUCCCUGUUCAAUGGAAUUAGCUCAAUUUAGUGAAUCAGUAUCUAAAUAUCUUGAAGCAGGAUCUCAUGUUACAAAAAGAAUAGUUGCAUUGUAUGCAGAAGUACAGACAACCAAAGGUUUUGUACUGGGAGAUCUCAAAAGAGAGGAGGGAGAUGACAUACUUCCUUUGUUCCUAAGAGAAAAGCUAGGCCAAGUGCACAUCAGAAGAGUUCUCCAAGACACAACCAACUUACCAAACACAGUUUCCCCCACAAAUCCAACCCCACCUACACCAGUCAUCUCACCUCCUGAUACACCAACCAUCAUCACAGUUCCUUCCACCAAUCCUGUCACAGUUUCCCCCACUAAUCCAGGGGCAACACCUGUGACAGUUCCUUCGACUACACCACCUGUUCCCUUAGCCCCUACAAAUCCAGCCAAUCCAGGGGCUCAACCCGUUACCAACCCUGUGACCUCUUAUCCAUCCCCAUCAGGAAAUGGUCCUAUCACAAAUACCCUUUCUCCUCCUCCAAACACAAAUGGUCAAGCCACAGGGGGGCAGAGUUGGUGUGUGGCAAAGACUGGAGUUUCAGAAGCUACUCUUCAAUCAGCUCUGGACUAUGCAUGUGGAAUGCAAAGUGUGGAUUGUUCACAAAUCCAGCAAGGUGGGAGUUGUUACAAUCCAAAUUCUCUACAAAACCAUGCUUCUUUUGCCUUCAACAGCUACUACCAGAAGAAUCCUGCGUCAACAAGCUGUGACUUUGGAGGCGCUGCAACUAUAGUUAACACCAAUCCAAGCUCGGGUUCUUGCAUUUACCCAUCAUCUUCAGGGGGAGGCACAUCCGGCUCUAAUGGCUCACCUUCAGUUUUAGGGUCUCAAAGCCCUCCUGAUUUAAAUACCUCCAAUUCAGCUCUGAGACCUUUUCUUGAUUGUAUGGUUCUGGUGGUGAUAUCGUUAGUCAGCGUAAGACUCACUAUAUAA